AUGAAUUUAUUUCCUCAAAGUGAACUAUACUACUCACUAUUUCAUUUCAGCGACAAUUAUUCUUAUGAAAAACAAUGGAAUAAUAACAAUAAUAAUAAUAACCACAACACCUAUUAUGAUGGAGGUGGAGAUGAUGAUUCAGAAAGUGAGGGGGCGGCAAUAGUCGACAGAACUCCUGCUGGUGUUGCUCAUGCCGAGGAGGAUGUUGAUGACAAUGCCCUCCAACUCCAUGAAACUAACUCGGAGCAUAUUCUCUGCACACAGUGUUGUACACAUAAUACAAUAAUAGGGAAUGCGAGAGAAGGAGAGAAAUGGAAAUCACAAACAUCACCACUUUCCAAUUCUCAACAGCAUCGAAUGAUCAAUUCAUUCUGCACAUAUGAGAAACAGGCGGAGAAAAGUACAACAAGGCAUUCUAAAUAUACCUCAUCUCAUACGUACUCCUAUCAUCGGAGAUAUAUUGAUGAACGCGUCAGUCGUAGACGUAGAACUCUAUCCUAUCCAUCCAGGAGUCGACCAUCUUCAAAUUAUUCAAUACCAAAAUCUCAUCUGAUCAUGAAGUCAUCGGUUUGUGCACCCUGUCCAACUAGACGAUCAUAUAUUAGAACUAUCAGUAAGCAUAAUGUGAAUAAUCAUUUAUCAUCACCGUCUUCUUCUUCAUCAGGUGGUGGUGGUGGUGGUGGUGGUUUGUUCAAUGAAUUCGUCAGUUGGAUACACGGUUUAUUCAGUCGACCGAAUUCCUCCCAGUCAGCAGCAGCAGCAACAACAACAACAACACUCAGUCCAUAUGAUAUCAUAGACACAUCUGAAUCAAAACUCUACAACAUAGACAUCAAAUCAGCUUCAAGUGAUCACCACUAUAAACGAGCGUAUUCUGCUCCUAUUCGAAAUAAUCAAUCUUAUCAUAAUAUCACAAGACUAGAAGACGACACCACCUCCACCAACACCAGUGAAGCUGAUGACAUGACGACUGACUUCAAAGAUCUGACUAGAAAUUUGAGUGCAAUGACGCAUACACCAUCUUCAUCACUGGCAGCAUCAUCAUCCUCAUCCUCAUCAUCAUGUCUGCAAUUCAGUAGACCGCCAGAUACAGAGACAAGUUAUUACACACCAAAUGAAGGUAUGACAGUCACCUCGUCGAGAACAGAAGUGAUGGUAGUAGUUGGUUUAUCAGUUGCAGAGAUACCAACGAAUAAAACAACUACUGCAAUGAAUUCGCCUCUCUCACCAACACCACCACCACCACUACCACCAGUCGAUCAUGCUAUCACACCGACAAGCAAAACAAAUUCACUGAAAUCAAGUGAAAUUAUGUUGACGGAAAAUAAUUCAAUAAGUGGUGGUGGUGGUGGUCUCUUCGACAAUUCUCAGUCAAUAAUCAAAUAUCCGCGUAAAAGUCAAAAUAUCACUGAAUUCUACGAUGAUGAUGAUGAUGAUGAUGAUAAUGAAGGCGAUAGAUUUAUUAGGCCAGAUCUCACAGAGAUCCAGUCAUCAGUACUAGUAGCAGUGGUUGGUAAUCGAGAGAGUGACAAACACUUAACUGCCAGUUGUCAGAAUCCGUCGGUGAUCACUAACUCAUCUUCAGGUAAUUUCAAUAAAAAUGAACAAGAGGAAAUCUCUGAAGUAUCUGUCCCAUUGACAACUAGUUCUCCGCCUGGAAAACUAUUAAAUCAACAGCGUAUUAAUCAAGGUGAUGCUGAUGACAACACCAAUAAGUCAGUAAGUAGUAGUAGUAGUAAUCACCCUCUUAGACAACAAGUCAAUGACUCAAAUUUCAUCUUUGAAAUCAAUCUCCAACCUGAAUUGUGUGCCUUAAAGGGAAUUGCUAAUCAUACUGAUCAAGCAUUAACAACAGAAAUCAAUGACUCAAUAUUAUUCAAUAAACAAUUCCAGUAUGUAAACACACAACUACCAUUACAGGAUAAACAUAAAGCAAUCAAUGUUAAAGGCGUGAAAUAUAUCUCCUACGAUAAUGUAAUACACAUUAAUCAAGAUUCGGAGACAGUAUACUACGCCGCCACCAACGGGGAACAAAUAUCACAGUUGAUUCCUGCAAUACAAAAUCCAUCAUCGAUGAAUACUCAUCACGGCAAACAAUGCCUGACAGUGAAUUUGGAGACCUCUGAACAAAUUCUAUCACCUACAUUCCAUGUUGAAAUGAAUGAAUUGCAUAGAUCACCACUACCUGGAGUGGCUCACUACUAUGAUAAAUACAAUAGCACUGAUCAUCGGAUACUCGCCACAGAAGGCAUAGCCGCUAGUCAAAAACUACUCGAGAAGCGUUUGUCUGAUAUUCAUCAUCAAGGCACAGUACUGGACAAGGUGCCACCAUCAGCAACAGCAACAACAACGACAACAACAAUGAUGAUGACGGCAGAUGGGGAAAGUGAACACAGUAAGUUACUCUGUAUGAAUCAAUUUGGAGAAGGAAUUCUCUCUGGACUAUUGACCUCACAAUUACGCUUAGCACGGAAGUGUAGUUCAUACGAAUCGGAGAAGCAGCAUUGGGAGGAGGAGGAGGCGGGGGAGGUGAUGGUGGAUAGGGAUAGUUUGGGGAAGAAAAUAAAACAAUUACAACAAAAGAUCACAAUUAUGCCUGAACAAAUUUAUCAUUGUAAAUCAAAUAUUGAAAUGGACCAUUCCAUAAAUACAUCGAUUGACUACUACUACUACAGGGUAAAAUCUACACCUGCGACUAUUAACCAGGAUACCGUUUUCACAGAGAAAACUCAAAGAAGUGAUCACUCUGACGACGAAGAGAUCUACCAGCAGCAUGCAACAACACCGAGCAGAGAAGCAAACUUUUCACCUGAAAAGAUUAUCUAUUCUCCAAUUGAUUUCAAACAUCAAUGUCUCCUGAAUAGAGAAUCACCAGCACCAGCAACGGCAGCCGCAGCAGCAACAACAGCAGCAGUCACAUCUGAUGAUAUGCAUGAAACUGUUUUAGAGGGUUGUGAAAAUGACCAAAACACAAUCACACAUCCUCCUCUUUCUCCUCCUCCUCUUCUGUAUACCUACGAGUCAUUAGAACUUUCAGAAUUACAUAAAACUGACACAAAGAUGCAAGAUGUACUAGUUUCACAACAACUUUCAUCGAAAUACGCCAAUUCAUUCCCAAUACCAACACAAGUUGAAGUUGAUGUUGUACUCGGUUCUACCACUGAAUGUGCAAACAAAGACGACGAAGUUCAUCAUCAUGAGAAGAAGAAGAAGAAGACGAGGAAUAAAAGUCAUGAAAGUGAAUCAUCGAAUUAUGAUCAUUAUCAUCAUUGUCAUAUUCCAUUGAAUGACAUAAGAUCACAAAGUGAGUGUACAAUACAAUUGGAGGAGUCAAUAGUUCUAUCAAGACAAACUUGUCGUGAUUCAGACUCUGUUGUUACUAUGACACAAUCUAAGAUGACAACGGCUUCUAUUGACAAUCUAGAAAAUGACUCAGUACUACUUGAGAAAGACUUCAAUCUGUCUACAACAUCAUCUGAAAGUGAUAUGCACGAACAGAGAACAACGCCUGUUAACAUUGAAGUUGAUCUCUCCAAUUCACUAUCUGACGCCGUCCAUUGUAAUUCUCACCCAACAACAGAUGAUGAGGUGAUCUCCAAUCGAAGGAAGCUUGACCAAGUGGUAGAAAUAAAUCCAACCAUGAUGACAAACAAAAAAUUCUUGAAGUACGCCUCCUCACUGAAGACAACAACAAGUAAGCUUCCACAUGACAAUUUCAUCACAGAUGACAACAAAAUGUAUCCAGAAGAGACACCUUCAGAGAUUUUACACUUGAACAAAGUACCAGUAGUCGAGAUGAAGAAUCCAAUAACCGAACCACUUGAUGAAAACACUGCAACAAUCAAAGAAUCUUCGACACCAGUGCAUAUGAAGGAAGUCAUACAAGAAAAUUAUACACACGAACAACAACACCAACAACAACAACCAGACUUUACCGCAACUGACAUACGACCACCGAAUCUCACUGGCGGCUAUUCUAACAAACUAGACAAGACAAGUAGAAUCAUCCAAUGGGAAAAUGUUCAAACUAACGAGAUGUACACAACUGUUGAUUUUGUAUAUAAGCAACAAGACACCACCACUACUGAUGAUGAUGAUGACAAUGAUGAAAUGACUGUGAUGAAUCGAAAUACAAUGACAAUACCGAUAUCAUCUCACCACGAUGAAUCAUUGACAGAAACAGACGACGACAUUCAGAUAUCACUUGGACAACAUACACCAUAUCAUCACAAUAAAUCCACUGGUGGAAUCAAUAACACACAGGAUACAACUGUGGAAAAUGAAGAAGAAGGAAGAAAGUGUCGUGGAACAGGAACACCAGGACAUGAAGUGAAUUUCAAACAGGAGGAUGUUCAAAACGACAGCACAAUAAUAACAACUCAAAGAAGUCUUCUGCAUCAGAAACAGUCAUCACAUGAAUCAAAAGAAAACAUUUACAAUGAGAAGAAUGAUGAUAAGCAUAGUGACGAUAGUGGCAGUGAAACAUUUGAUCACAAAAAACCAACUCAUCCGCAUCCAGCACAGAAACCAGUGAAACCAAUUCUACGCAGUGACGACAGUUCAGUAACAACACACGUUGAAGAAGAGUCUACAUUCUACUCGACUAUGCAUCAAAGACGCAUCAUAGAUCUUCAAUUCUUGGAUAUUCUUAAUAGAACUAGAAUGAUUGGUGGAAAAGUGAUGCUGACAGAAUACUCACCUGAACAGUAUUACAAAGAGACACUAAUCAUACCAGAAUUACUCUGUCAAACACAACAUAAUUCAUUUGAACAGAACCACCGACUCAAUGAUAUUCAUGACAGUAGUACUGGUAGUCGGAGUGGUCUGCAGUUAGACAGAAACAGUGGUGGUGGCGGUGGUUUAUCAGAAUAUGCCCAAGAUUCAACGCUAACCGAGAAUGAGGCAAGUUAUCGUUCUAUUGCACCGACUAGGAAAGCUUUAAAAUUAGGCGCCAUUGAAGAGAUGCUGUGUGCUCCACUAGUGAACACUGGAAUUCAUAAAGAGGCAAGCAGAUCAGAUGAAGCGGUUUUCGAUGCUCUGAAAGGCAGUGGUGAAGAGAAACCAGUUGCCUAUUUUGUAGAACAAGAGUGUCAGAAUAACCAAGAAAGUCAUUGGCCAGGUAGAAUAUAUAUGCCUUUAACGCCAACAAUUGAAAUUCAAACAACACCAUUAUUGGGUGUUCCAUUGAAUCAAUAUACCAUGACAACAUGUUGUUCAGUAGAGGUGAAAGCGGAGAAGGAGAACGGAGAGAGCAGGGAGUGGAGGAGGACGACGAAGAAGGAGGAGGCGACGAGUGACGACAUCAUAUCUUCACCGAAUCAACAACAACACCCAAUGGAACAGUCGUCUAACAAGGCUGUAAUGCAGAAACCAAUCAACGCAUAUCUCAGUGACACACAGAAUCAAAAUUCUAAAGCAAAUGAUAAUAAGCUGAACUUGAUAACCAACUUUACGGAUAACAAUAAUAAAAAAGCACACCUGAAGAAGAGGAGUAUAUCGUUAUCACUUGACAAACUGACACGAUCACGUCUGUCAAUAUCAAAAUUUAUACUACGAUUGAAGAUUAGAUCAAGAAGUCUCGGAAGACUUGAUCUGCAUCAUCUAAGCAUUGAACAGGGAAAAGUGUCAGGUGUAGACGAUUCAGAUGACGAAGAGAUUGAAAUUUCUGCACGGAUACAUCCUUUCAAUUUCAAGGAGGGAAUCCAUAAGGAGGCGAAUUUAGGCCAGACAAUAUUCGCUACGGAACAAUCAUCUUGUAAUGAUGAAUUUGGUUUCAGGCGAGAUGUACCUCAAGAAAGGAGUGAUGAUAAAGUGGAGAAAACAGAAACUGAAAAGCGUCAGAUUUGGGAAAAUGAAGCAGUAAUUGAAACACAACUACCGCCACCACCACCACCACUAAAUACUGAAGACUCCUUCUGUGCUUCACAGACUAAACACAUGGAACAAUUAGAGGCAAUCGAUCAACCAGUUCUACUCAAGGAGGAUAAUACCAAAAACCUCAAAUUCAAAAUAGAAGCUGAGAAAACUAUUUCUGAAAUACAGUCACCAACACAAACACAACAAGAACAAGAACAAGACGAAGAGAGAAAUGAGGCAUACAAUGAUCACGAUGACGAUGGGGAGGAGGAGGCGGCGGCGACGUCGACGGCGGCGGAGUCGAAAAGGUUGAGUCUACCACUGCCAAUCGAAAUCGGAGGAGGAGAAGGUAAUGACUCAUUUGUAGAGAAGUAUGAAAUUGUCCCUAGAAGAACAAAUGAAGAAACAGACGACGACCAGUUGGAGGCUAUUUCAUCUGAACAAAGUGAUGAGAAUGCGGAAGAAGAAGACAUGCAUAUGACGACAACAACUUCGAGUUGUGGUGAAGAGUCAGCGAAACAUUCCUCCACCUCAAACUUAUUAUUAUUAUUAUCACCAUCAUCAAUCAAGGAACCACAUUGUAAGAAUGAAAUUAUCCUAGAAAGUAGUCUGAGCUACAAUGAAGUCAAUCGACAGACAACUGCAAAAUUAACAUACACCACGACAACUGCAUCGGUGCCAGCUCACAUGAAUGAAUUCUUAACAAUAUCAAUGACAUCUAUUGUAUCACCAUCAAUCCACUAUAGAAGUGAGCUAAGCUUUACUCAUCAACAUUCUGAACAGAUAAAGACAAGUACACCGACAACUCUGAGUAAACUGAGUGAAACACCAGUGCCUACAAAGAGUGGUGAAUCAACAACCAGCUCGAGUAUUUAUUAUACUGCUCAAAGUAAUCCAAGUGGUUAUGGUGAAAUUGAAGUAGAAGUCAACCAACAAGACGUUGUUAUUCCUGCUGCUGCUGCUGCCUCUGUUAACGUUGACAAGAAGGAUUCAUAUGAUGAGUCUACAUUGAAAGAAGAAGAUAAAACUCCAAUGCAGAAUGAUGAUGAUGAUGUGAUAAAUGAAGCAGAAAGAGAGACGACUGGCACAGAAACUGUCAAGGCGUCAUCAUCAUCGCCAUCGCCAUCAUCACAGAGUGAAGCACAACCUGAUCAUCUACACCAAAUCGAAGAAGUAGAAGGAGAAGAAGAAGCUAGUGAACACGUUGAUGAAUUGAAAGAGAGCAUAGAGGAGGUGAAUGUGGAGGCUAUUCAAUCAGCUCCUGAUAUACUCAAUUGCAGUUUAUCAGAAAACAUUGUAACAUAUAAUGUUGAUGGAGAGUUGAAUGAACAAAUCGCUGUAGUCAGUCUAGAAGUAGAUCAUGCACAACCAAGUGACAUCGUAGACAUACACGACAUGGACACUGACGCUGACACCGGAGUCAGUAAACAGCUUCAUUUAACACAGAUUACUACUGAACAGCCACUAGACGAUGAUGAAAAUCAUCAAUUCCAAGAGUUAACUGAUGCAACAGAGCCACUUGUAGACGACUCACAACCGCCUAUAACUGUAGCCCGUACAGUGGAAGUAGAGCGACAUAAUGAUGAUGAUCAUGAUGAUGAUGAGUUGGGUGAAGUUUCCAUGAACAGACAACAACCGUAUCAAACGACAAGCCAUCCAAUCAAUAUUAAAGAAACAAGCAAGGUGAUGCAAGAACAUUCAGCCAAAUCAGAGAAUAAAAUACUACUCAAACAAACACAUGAAACAGUUAAAAUGGAAGAUAAACAACCAGAAAUGAAAACAAUCCACGAAGAGAAAUACCACGAUUUGUACAAUGUGAAAGAUGCUAGAGAGAAAAAUGUACCUUAUGAAAGUGUCAGUGUGUUGGAUCGAGUUCCUGAUACAAUCACUUCUGGACUGGAACGAAAAGAAGAAGCUGAGAGUCGAAGUCCCAAGUUAGUCAAAAAACAACACGCUGUUGUGAUGAGGGAGACUCCUAUUAUUAAUACGGCACCACCUCAACCAGACGACAACGACGACGACGACGCCGCCGACGACAGACAAGCGAAGUCUACAAAACUGGAAAUAUCUAAAGUCCCAGUAGUCAUGGACAAUCUAACUCUUGCAAAAACUGAUACAAGAGCAGAUACACCAGUCAUUGAAUUCAAAACAGUUGAUAGUCCUUUCGAUAUUCGAAUAAAACCGAUGGAAGUAUUACAAGCUACAGGGAAAUCUGUAAGUCAAACAUUUGGUGAUGAUGACGAGUUGGAUGAGAUAAAACACCCAGAAACUUCAGACAUCCACCUACCUGAGAUGUUCACCUUAAAUGAAUAUGAAGAUAAGUGUGAAGUGAAGGAGUUAACAACAACACGAGGCGAAGAUGAAGAGGAACACUGUCAACAGAUGAAACACGAGAAGGAAUCACCACCCACCACCAAUUUGGUGGUAUUUGUUCUUGUCCAAGUACAACAAACACCAGAUACAAUAAUAAUGAGAAAUGAGAUGUUAACGACCCCUGAUGAAUUGAAACAAAGUUAUUCUCUUAUGGAUAAUGAAGAGGAAGAGGAAGAGGCAGAAGGAGAGAUUGUGCAGACUGAAGGAGUCGAUAUAACUGAUUACUACUUACAGUCUCCACUAGAGGACAAGAUAACUACUGACAAAGAAGACGAAGAAGAACAAGAAGCCUACCAUGACAUCAAAGUCAACCAAUAUCAUAAAACAAAUGUAACAACUAAAUUCAAUCUUACAGUGAAUCACUUCGAUAUAGAUGACAAGAUGUUCUCAUCACAAAGUGGUAGAGACAUUCAACCACCUACAGAUUUGUCAAGUGAAACUCAAAGAUUACCAUCACCGCUCUCACCAACAUCAUCCUCCUCGGAAGCGGUUGAUCAUCAUGAAAUCAUGCAACGACAAGAAGACCAAGAAGAAGCAGAAGAAGAUCCAACAAUGAAGAGACAUUUUACACAACUCAAAGAAGACGUGAAUAUCUUGAAAAUAACCUCGAAAUGUACAUAUACAAGUACACCAUUGAAAAAUUAUUCAUUGAGACAAAGAACUACAACAACUAGAAUCCCCUCCUCCAGUUUUGAACGAUCUACAUCACCACAAGAAUACACUGUCGCUUCUACUGUCUGCCUACCACACUCCGAUGGUACAACCACUGCGAACACCACCACCACCACUCUCACACAUUCAGAAAGUCCUUAUCCAGCCCCAACCAGCUCACCAUCGAUGACCAAUCUAGGCUGGCUGUUAGAUUCCUCCUCCUGUCUAAUAAGCCGAUUUGAUGAAAGACUGAAUAAACAUCUUAUUGAAGUAUCACCUAAUAACAGGAUAUUUAAGAAAGCAACUAUCACAGAAACCAGUCACCAUCAGCUACCAACUAUCACAGCAACUGAUCAAAGUCCAUCACAAGAACAAACAACAACAACAGCAGCGACACCACCAACAACAACAAACAGACCUGAAGGAAACCAACUUCGUAUAACCAUCUCUCAGAGUAUACGUAGAAAUUAUUCCUGCAUUUCAAAAGAUGAUAGCCACACAGAAAACUUGGUAAGCAGCACCAGUAAUGUAAUCACAGCUACUACUACUGCUACUACUACUACCGGUUACUACAAUCUACGACGUUCAUUGUCUGAAGAUUUCAAAGGUGAUAAACAUACUACAUCACACAGUGAAAUCAAGAAACCAACAAGCUCACUAGCACUAGUCGACGAGGAAUCUGAAGAGAUGUAUAUAGCCAGAAAACUGACUAACGAAGCGCUUAACAAAGCUAUUGGCAAACUGUCUAUCGGCUAUACAGACAUUCCCCCAACACCCCCACCAGCAUUGAGUUAUUCAACUCAAAUUACACAAAAGAAGAACAAAGAAACACAACAACAACAACAGAAAUUCUCUGAUGAAGAAGAAGGAGAAGAGGAAGAGAUUAUAACACGAUUACGACAAGAAUACAACAUACAAUUACCUUCAAGAAUUAUUGAUCAGCAUCAUCGGUCUACACAAAGUCCACUGACUAUAAUCAUGAGUACAACACCAGAGGAUACAACUGCACCCACGCCAACAACAUCAAUCGAUACACCAUUCAAAAUUGAACAAGAUGUCUACAGUGAAGUGUCGAAACAAACAAUCGCUAUUCAUGCUAAAACACGCAUAUACAUGUUUGAAGCGGAUGAAGGUGAAACAAAAGAAGAAGCACAAGGAGAAGAAGGAGCAAAGGAAGAAGAAAUGAAAGAUACUGAUGUGUAUCCAGUGAAUGAUGCAAAUGUGAUUCAGUCAAUAUCACAAGAAUGUAGCCUCAAUAAAACUGAUAAUCAAGUUGUCUUACAAACUUCACUAUUAGUUACAAGUCCAAAGUAUCUGACACAAUUGAUUGAUGAAGAAAUUACUGAUUUACGUGUAGAACAACAGCAUAUCGGUGUGAUCAGUGGAUCAGAUUACAGCACCCUGGCGAAAUACUCCCCAAUGGACGACAGAGGCAACGACGAUGACGACGACGACAAUAACAGAGAGGUGGAAAAUCUUUCAAGAUUAAGAGAAAGGCAAGAGCUCCAACAACAACCACAACCACAACAACAAUCUCCAGAUGGAAAAACAGUUACUAUCAGUCCUACCAGUGUUGUCGAUGACUAUAUGGCAUCAGAAGACAAUGAUGACCAGGAGGAGGAUGAAGGCAAGUCGACACAACAACAAAUACAAGAAGAAUUAUCUGCGCUUAGUUUUGCAGCACCAUCAACACAUGAAUUCAGUGGACCAGUGAAGAAACGAGGCAGUGAUGACAGAACACAAAAUGACCAGCCGAUAGAAGAAGAAGAAGAAGCAGAAGAAGAUUUCACCAGACCCCCUGAUUAUGUGUUAACACAAACCUAUCAGGAAAUAAGUGCUACAGAUGCAAUAACUAUCAGUCAGUCAGCAGAUCAUCCUAUCCACGAUGGUGAUGAUGAUGAAGAAGACCGUGAUAUCUUGAGUCGACUAACAACAACAACACCACCACCACCGCCGCCGCCUAAUGACCACCUUCACCAACACCACCAACAGCACCAACAGCACGAGAAAUUACAGUCAAGGAAUGCAAUCAAAAGUGAAACAAUCACUCAAGACUUUGUCACUAUUUACGAAACACCAGAAAAGAUUCAGCUGGUGAGAAGAAGUGGAACACCAGAAAGUCGAAGUAGGCAAGAAUUAAUAGAAGAAGGAGACGACGACGAGGAUGAUAGAUACAGAAGUAUGUCAAGACCAUUCACAACAACACCCACAACAACAACAACAGCUGAGAUAUUAACAGGAGGAGGAGGAGAAAAGUUCAAACUGACAAAUAUUCAUGAGAAAGAUACUCCUCCUUCUCCCCCUCCUCCUUCUCCGCCUCCUGCUACUCUGAGUCAUAUUCAUUCAGAUAAUGAUGAAGGCAUGUUACAAGUAUCCAUGGAUAUAGAUAUACAAGCAAACUACAAACUAGUUAAUUCAACCAGUGAACUACACGACAAGGAGGAACCGAUUACAAAUUUGAAUCUACAUUUACCAACAACAACAACAACACACAGGAGAAUAUUUUAA